UGCACAAACUUCACAAUCAGGCGGUGGCCACAUGGAGUUUACUCGCUGUGCCCUGCUUCCCCUCUGGAGUAUGGUCGAUCGAUCUUGGCCUCUAGUACUAGUGCCAGCAGUUGACGCUCCGCUUCUUGUAAAGAGCGUGGCUCGUUGAGACUGAGGGACUGAGGCCUCUGGAUUCGGCAGAACGGGGUUGGGAAAACACACAAGUUGUGAAAGUAAUAAUAGUUAGGUAGAUUUCCUUCUGCUCCUACAAACACCUCAGUGCUCGCGCCGGCCUGCAGGUUUAGAAUACGCAGAGAUCGGAUCGCCCUCUGCUACCAACUUUUCGGACAGGCUUGUUUUGCUGAAGCUGCGAUUCUCACUCUCGUAGCCGAAGUAAAGCAGGGUUGAACAAGGGCCUAGAUUUCACUGGCUCGUCUGUGGUUGUGUGAAGUAGUACGGCACGCCGCCGCAAUGGAUGACAGCCCAGUGGAGUCCGGCACGGAAGUCGACACCAGCAUCACGCUAUCGCACUUGCUCGCCGAAGUCGACGAACUGCCGGUGCGAACCACGGUCGUCAGCGGUGUCGUGUGCGGCCGCGAAUCUCUACCAUGCCAGGAUAUCACUGUGCUGUACGUAGAGGAGGCGGCCAUGGCGCAGUUCCGCGACGGCCACGGUCGAAGCUUCUGCGAGUCCGUGUCCCUGGAUGCGUGCCGAUUCAAACUGCUUCCGGAGCGCGAAGAGAACGAUGACAAGACGUUUGCUACCGUGCGGCAUGUCAUGCGUCGCACGAACUACCUACCGAACAUGGUGCGCGCACUGAGCGGCUAUGGCCUGGAUGAUGUCGGCAGCGAAGAGGCCGUGGAGCCGAACGACGUGUUCGAAGUGGGCACGGCCAGACUCGAACGGUGUGGCGUGGAGUGUGUGCUGUGGUUUCGCGUCAACAACAUUGGAGGUGACGAUGCUGGCGCUGUUCAGUCGGCGACGUCGUCAUUUUCAUCCCCGAGUCGCGAGCCCAUCACCAUACCUCUGGAUGCGGACUGUGAGUUUCACACGUCGGUGGACGAACGCCUGCACCGGCUACAGGAUGUGAUGGGAAUGGUGAAGAAAGGUCUUCUGCAGUUGCCUGUCCGAUUGGAAGUGGCCAGCACCUCCACCUUUGGCCUGGCUUCGCUACCCGCCACACUGGUCGGCCGCAAGUUCACCAUCACUGGCCUGCCGACGCGGCGAAGCGUCAUAGCAACGGACGGUGGCGACGUGUUUCGUAUUCCGGAGGAGCUGUGCGAUACGGUGCGGGUGGCCGACGUCCUCCUGGACACGGAAUACAGCAUGACGUUGCGCAACGUCAUGGCGCUGUCACGGUGCCUGGACGGAGAUCGCAUUCGCACCGUUGGCCCACCCGAGCCGGCUUCCAUCAGCGCGCUAACCCAGGCCAAUACGGCCAUGCCGAUCGCAUCGUCAUCAUCAGCAGCAGCCGGCACAGGGCUCGGUGGACCGAUGAUGUCGCGUCACACGGCCACACAGAUCAUCCUGUCGCCGCAGCACUUCCGACAGCGCCUGACCAGCCAGUCACUGCGGCAGCUGAGAGCGUCGCGAUCGAGCGUGACGCGCACCAGGAGCGAUGGACACAUGUUGCACCGCCGCACACAACAACAACUGCAGCAGCGCCUGUCGAUGAACGAAGACGACGAAGGCUACGUACCUCACAUGGCGGUGACGGCAAGCGUUUCCGCCAGCGACUCACCCGUCGAGUACUGCACCGUGCCGGAGAGAAAGCCGUCGACGGGUGGCUCGGGGGGUGUUCGCCGGACUGUAUCAAACGCCGACGUGAACUCAGUGCGACCCGCGGCGAAUCUACCGCGAUACACGCCAACGCCGGUUCACACGGGCGGCGAGCGUAAGCGUGCGGACGCGUACGAGGACGUGGACCAGGUGCGCUACGGGUACAGCUUCCUACGACCGGGGGAGGACCGCCGUGCCCCGGAUUCUCGACGCAGCAGCAGCAAUACGUCUCGGGCCGUGGAGAGCGGCUUCGAUGACCAGAACUACGCGCUCAUGCCGUCAGCUGCUCAUCGCAGCAGCGGCGACAGUGAUGAUGACGUUGUGUCCCCUCAGAAUGGCGGAGCGGCUGACGGUGCACAUGCCACUAACCUGUACAGCAACGGACCUCGCUCCCGGGACGCGACGCACGAGCACGUCUCACUUGCGCCCAGAGUGCCGCUCAAGAAGCACAAAAGCGGCAGCUCGCUGAUGGCGCACUCGACCGGGACUGGCACAUCUACUAGUAGUGAACACAUCUAUCAAACACCGACAAGCAGUCGUCCGCCCUCACCAGCACGUUUGUCCCUUCGGAGCCGAGGCUCGUUCAAGCAGCAGCAUGCCGAAAACCUCUACUCCACGCCGACAUCGUCACCAUUGCCCAUGCGCAAAAGCCAUUCGCAACCGCAGCUUGCGCAGCUGUCUGUUACGCCGGCCGGCAAGCAGUGCAAUGAUGACGUCAUUGACCCGCCGCUCUACGUCAACGGAGGCGCUGCGGAGGCGGACACGGCAGCAGAGGUACUGCAGACCAAGAAGCCCAUGCCCAAGCCACGGCGUAGCUUGACCACACGAGCACUCAACACGGUCGCUGUUCGCAGUCCGGAGAAACCCUGCAGCUCCAUGACGAGUCCCGGGCGCAGUGCCGCUGGCAAUAGUGCCACGCUGGGCCCGCAAAAGCCGCCGCGAAAGGCCAAAACGCCGUCCGAAACAAACACGCUGAGCCCGACCUCACCGCUUUACACGAACAUUCCCGAUACAUCCGGCGGCGGAGCGGGCAGUGGAUACGUGCAGCUUGCGAAUGUGCAGCAGAUUUCCGAGGACCUGGAACGCACCAAGGCGGCACUGGAGCUGUCACAGUCGGAGGUACAGUCACUGCAGGUGGAGUUGAGCGCGUACAAGGACCAGUGCUACUGCAUGAACGUAGAGCGGCGUGUGCAGGAGAGCUACGAGUUCACAAUCCCACGAAACCUGCCCAAGAGCAGCUCUCAGUUCAUAGGCCGCGACUCAACAGUAUAGCGCGUUGCCUGGGAAUAAGGACGUUGGUUGAACAAUGCAACAAACAGCUUGACAUUAACUAGGAUGAUCCCUUUCUGGACUUUCUGGAGUGUGUCUACUGCGGUAGCUGUUAUAGUCUUGAAAACAGUUCUGAGCUGCUAGUGGAGUUCCAGCUCUCUGAAUCAAUGCAAGUUGUACUGCGCCUGACCGAGUUCUCUCUCUCUCUCUCUCUCUCUCUCUCUCUCUCUCUCUCUCUCUGUGUCUAUCUAUCUAUCUCUCUCUCUCUCUCUCUCUCCCCCCCCCCCCCCCCCCCCAAUGGAUGAGCAAAUUGAUUCGGGUAUAUUGAUUACUCUCCCAGCAACACUGCUGCUCGAGGUCCCACAAGUUCGUGCCUUUUUCUAAACCUGGCUGCAUAUACAAAAUAUUAUUUACAGAUUGACUUGCCCCUGUAUGUGAGCAGUGUAUCCCACCCACAUGCCAGUCUAGAUUGUCUUGCUGCCAUUUCCACAGCUGUUGAAUCCGCGUCACAUUGCUAUUUUCAUUUCGCGA